CUUAUUCGAUUCGGGAUUCGGUUUUUAUCCAUCACUUCCCUUUGUGAAUACUACUCUUCAUCUACCAUUAUCCACGGAACAAAAGGAAAAUCGAAGGAGUAUCAGAAAUGCUCAGGUCUGGGCCGAAUUUUAUGCGUAGGAAUCAAAUGCACAGCAGAAACACUUUAGAGAGAUGAUCGGCUUUGCCAAUCUCGUUGGGAUUCGGGUUUGAUCAAGAAAACAAGCAGAAACACAUCGAUUUCAUCUUCAACUCCAUGCAUAUUUCUCAGGGUGUUCUUGUGUAAAGGUUCAUCGGGUCAACCAGCCUUUUGAAGUUGUGGUGGACUUGUUCGCCUUUUGUAGUCGUAGUGGACUUGCUCAACAAAGAAAACAACUAAGAAUGAGUAGCACAUUUAAUCCUCAGAUUUUAGUGGAGAAAUUGGCAAAGCUCAAUAAUUCACAGCAGAGCAUUGAGACUCUGUCGCAUUGGUGUAUUUUUCACAUGAAUAAAGCAAAACUAGUCGUUGAGACAUGGGAACAUCAAUUUCAUAACUCUCCGCGUGAGCAACGGUUAGCCUUUCUAUAUCUUGCAAAUGACAUUUUGCAGAAUAGUCGAAGGAAGGGUGCCGAGUUUGUUGCUGAAUUUUGGAGAGUCCUUCCUGAAGCACUGCGUGUUGUUAUACGUAAUGGGGACGAUUUUGAAAAAAAUGCAGCUCUUAGACUGAUUAGUAUAUGGGAUGAAAGGAAGGUUUUUGGCUCAAGGGGGCACACCCUUAAGGAAGAGUUUAUGGGUAGACAACCAGAAAAUAAUGUUACUCCUAACAAAAAUGGGAAGCAACUCACUUCAAAACUUAGACAAUCUGCAGGAAAUAUGCUGGAUAAGAUAGUAUCAGACUAUGAAACAAUUUAUGGGGGUCAAGUAGAUGAAGAUUCUUUGCUUAGUAGAUGUAGAAAUACCAAUAACUGUUUAGAGAAAGUAAUUAAGGACAUUGGUGGGGUGGUGAAUUCAGGGAAUUUCGGUGGAUCUGCAUUUGCUGCGGAACUAAAAGUACAGCAUGCUGCGUUGCAGGAGUGCAUUGGGCAGCUGAUAACGCUAGAGUCUUCAAGAGCGAGUCUUGUAUCGCAUUUGAGAGAUGCUCUCCAGGAGCAGGAAUCAAAAUUGGAGGAAGUGCGUAGUCAACUUCAAGCUGCUCAAUUGCGAUCAGAUCAAGUCUCUAAUGUCUACCGACAGUUUGGUAGCAACAUUCUACUGGAUGAGCAAACGAUAAAAGAUGAUCAUGCUUCAAUGGUCCUACCUGGUCAAGGAAACCCUGUUGUAUACACAAGACAAGUCCCUGUACCGGAUAAAUCUGCUUCUUCCGAGGAUGAGUCCCUGAAAUCUGCGGCAGCUGCAGUAGCCGCUAAGCUUACUGCUUCGAGUUCUUCAGCAGAGAUGUUCAGCCAUGUCCUAACUUCUUUGGUAUCAGGUGUAACCUUUGGUAAUAAUAACAAUGCCAAAAAAUCAUCUACCGAUCCCCACCAUUCUGAAAAAAGACCCAAAUUAGAUAACGAGGAAUCAUCUUCAUAUGCACCACCUCCACUGCCACCAUUACCUCUGGAUCGCCAACCUCCGCCCCCAUUGCCGCCCUUCCCGCAUCCGGAUCAUUUUAUACAGACCGCUACUAACUUCAGCUAUGGGGCUACCCAGCCGUCACCUUCCCCGCCUUUAUCUGGAUACCCAUCUGUCUCAAUCACUGGUAUGUCUCCCUAUGCAGCUCCUCCGGUUAAUCCGUACCAACCUUUCCCAGGAUCUGAAGGUGGAUUCUAUAGCCCGUCAUCAUCAUCUGUUCCUAUGGCUCCUAGUUCUCGUCAACAGACUUUGUAGUUUCAUCAUAAUGAUUUGGUUAGGACGAUGGAAGUUCUGAGUAAGCUUGUUUUUUAGAUGAACUUUUUUCUGUUUAUCUGUAUCUUUCGAGGCUAUACAUUGCACAGUGACUUAGAAUUUUGCACAUAGCAGCAACAAUGUAAACUGACUUGUAAUAUUUAGCAUUUAGAUAUCAAGAAUUAUAGAUUUGAAUAGAACUAAACUUGUUGCUUUAAUUGUAUUUGAUUUGCUGAUUGAUUAUAUGCCUGACGUUGAGAAAGUAUUUCAUAUGAAAAUAUU